ACCAGGUCCGCCCUUGUCCUAGCCUCCUUCAACAGGCCUCGGACGCUUUGCGGAAGUGUAUGAGAGAGGGAGUCAUAUGACCAGGCAGGCAGCCGGAGAAGAUGCUACCUACAUGGAUAACACUCCUCGGACACGGUGACUAACAUCCACAACGAACACGAUGGAGGAGAUUAAAGUGUCUCCUGACUAUAACUGGUUCAGAAGCACAGUGCCCCUGAAGAGAAUCAUUGUUGAUGAUGACGACAGUAAGGUGUGGUCGCUGUAUGACGCCGGCCCAAAGAGCAUCAGGUGUCCCAUCAUCCUCCUCCCUCCAGUUAGCGGGACAGCUGAGGUGUUCUUCCAGCAGGUGCUGGCGCUGACAGGAUGGGGCUACAGAGUCAUCUCGCUGCAGUAUCCGGUGUACUGGGAUCUCUUGGAGUUCUGUGACGGCUUCAGGAAACUUCUCGAUCACCUGCAGUUGGAUAAAGUCCAUCUGUUCGGUGCGUCCCUGGGUGGAUUCUUGGCUCAGAAGUUUGCAGAGUGCACACACAAGUCUCCCAGAGUGCACUCGCUGAUACUGUGUAACUCAUUCAGUGACACCUCCAUCUUCAAUCAGACAUGGACGUCAAACAGUUUCUGGUUAAUGCCGGCUUUCAUGUUGAAGAAGAUUGUUCUGGGGAACUUUGCUAAAGGACCUGUGGACCCUAAAAUGGCAGAUGCAAUCGACUUCAUGGUUGACAGGUUGGAGAGUCUGAACCAAAGUGAGUUAGCAUCGCGGCUAACACUCAACUGUCAAAACUCUUACGUGGAGCCGCACAAAAUAAAAGAUGUUGCUGUGACCAUUAUAGAUGUGUUUGAUCAGAGCGCUCUAUCGCUGGAGGCAAAAGAGGAGAUGUAUAAACUGUAUCCCAACGCGAGACGAGCUCAUCUGAAAACAGGAGGAAACUUCCCGUACCUGUGCAGGAGUGCUGAAGUCAACCUCUACAUACAGAUUCACUUGCGUCAGUUCCACGGGACGAGAUACGCCGCCAUCAGUCCUGACAUGGUGAGCGCCGAAGAGCUGGAGGUGCAGGAGAGUCACCUGAGCGGUAACCAGGACUCUGACGAGGACCAAUGAGACCACUUUUUACCUCCCAGAGCGGUUUCCUCUCAACAUUUCCAACAGUUUCUCUCACCCCUUCAUCAUUUCACAGGACGUUUUCUCCAGAUUUUCUAUAGAGCUCAACGGUCAAUCAGCGAGUCACCCGAGAAUAUUUUUAUUUGACAGAUGAAACAAUAUUUUGAUAAUGACCUGUACAUAAACGGUACUCGGCCGCUUUGCUUUAAACAUACGACACCUUGCCUUAUGUGGAAUGAAUAUGAUAAUUGUUGCACUCAUAAACUGCCUGAACUGUUUGCCUCAAGUGUUCAUUUCUAUGUGUACUAUAUGUUGUGGUUAACACAGCCAGCGAUGAACUGGUUUCCUGUUAACGGAAAGAUGAACACACUGGCUAUGGAGAGACGCUAUAUCUGAUAGUCUUUGUGUAAUUCAAUGAGACGAAAUUGCAUUUUUUUUUUUUCAUUUGUUUUGGAAUACGGUAAAUUACUUUGUAUUUCCCAUGUGCAGUUGUUGUUUCCACCCGUGUCACAGUGAUGAGCCGUUAGAACUGUGGCUCUGCACUACGUUUACAUGUCGUGACUGUGAGCAGCGACCAGUCCAUGACAUCGGUCUGUCUGUCGAACUGACGAUGCUUCGGCCACUAAAACUCACAUUCUGAUUUUGCAAGCUGAAAAUCAAGCGUAGAUCCGAGUGUCACUGGAUGUUUUGUAGUGUGGAGAACAUUUCUACAGAUAUAUAAAUGACUAACGUGUGGUAUACUGCAGCCCUGGGGUUCAUUCAGUGUAUCUCCAAAUGCUCCUGUAGCUAUAAUUGAUCACUUUUCCUUCUCUGCUUCACUUGUCGAAGAAUAAAUGAAAAUGAUGUGCUGUGCCUUUUUAUAAGAGAUAAUGUACACAUUCUCUACACUGUGAAA